AUGUUCGCCAUCAUAUCUGUCAAUUGCAAAGCUAUUGGACGCGGUAUUCUUCACCACCUUGAACAUUUUCCGAAAAAGCGGAAGCAACGCCAUAGAUCCUCUCGUAGCCUUCUUCUUACGAAGAACCAUUUCUCUCAGCUGAAUCCCAGUUCGGCCUCGUCCUCGGAAGAUGAUAUUUCUCUAGAGCCUCUCAAGGCUGUGGGUCAACACUUUCUUACCGAGACUGACACCGACACCGAAAAGGUAAUACUUGAGAUUCAGGAUCAGGAUACCGAUCAUAUCGAUCUAGCUGGAAUAUAUAGUAUUCCUGGCCCCGGCUGUGGCCACGACAUCGGUAUCACAUCGGUAUCGCUUCUGAAAAAAAUCGAAAGCUGGCUUGCGGAGACGCUUCCACCCGACUCAUGCCUCGACGAGAAGCGAGCUCUCAUAGCUCAAGAUAACCUGGAGGCCCUCUUUGACUGCGCACUCGCUUUCUACGAAGCAGGCAAGCGGUCCGUAAGCGAAAAUGCAAACCGUAACUACUUGUCGAGUGAGGAUAUUCAAAAGGUCAUCGCCGCAGCUGUGAGCCAAUCAGCAAAUCCCGAAUUCCGUGAGAGAUUGCUUCAAAACUUUCUCGGAAAUUCUUAUGCCCAUGGUCAAUGCCUGCCCACCGGAUAUAUAGUUAAGCCUCAGGGUGAAAUUCAGCCAGGCGCUCCUGAUUCGCCACUACGGUCGCCAUCCUCCUGUCCCGCGAAAAACAAGUUAACAUCCGGACUCCCAGUAGCCUCGCGAGAUCAGUUCCCGUCGGUUCCGUCAACCCUACCGAAUCUGGUUAACGUUGAUGCGCAACACACGGGGUUUCAGCCAGACGUCCACAUUGUUACACAAACCCCACAGCAGCAGCUGAAACCCGCCGCCGUCAAUAGCGAGGUAACACGGGUGCCAGCUUAUAAUUAUGAUUCUGAUCGUACAUCAUUCCCACCGUUCGAUGCAGAAGCCUUAGGCUUCGGAUCCACGGUGCCGAUGCCCCGGCAUCUCGGUUCAAUCUCCAAUUUCAAAGGACAGAAGACUCAUGGCAGGCAUUCAUCGGAUUUGGUCCUACAGCCGUCCCGUCUGCCUUCACAUGAAUAUGAAAGCACGCAGCUACACGACGCUAUCAAACGAGGCGAUCUACCUAUGGUGCAAAGUCUAUUAGGUAACAGAUUCGAUAUCUUCAAAGACAACGCACACACAGCCGUCGCUCGACUUCCUGCCAAUGCCAUCGCCGACUGCGUCCAGUAUCGAAGAAAGGACAUCCUUUCAUACUUUAUCAGCCAUGAUAUUAAGUGCUACCCAAUUGCGAUAUGGGAAACGCAGCGAUCUGGUGACAACGAACUACGUAAAUUUAUCACGGCAAAGUAUGAAGAACGGGAACGCCAGCUACAUCGCCCAAAGCCGGGUUCGUACCAAGACCGGUUUUUACAACUUGGACUCUAUGGGGGCGAAUCACUUGGGUAUUCCCUCCGGGCACCGCUACCCAAAACUCCCACCCGAGGUACCACUUGUAAUAGUUCAACACCAGAACAAUGGAGUGAAGAUUUCGAUACUGAUGGCAUGGGGAUUCCCAGUCAUGAUAUGGGAGCUGAUAAUACCUCCCAAUCGGAGUUCAACAUCGAAGAGUAUUAUGGGGGCUACCAUAGCGGCUCCGAUAUCCUCAGCGGCCAGGAAGUGGUACAAGAAGGUCAGGAAGUACGUCAUGAAGAGGAAAAAGUAUUGGAAGCAGAAUUAGAUGAAGAUGAAGACGAAGAUAAAGACGAAGAUGAAGAUAAACGAGACGUAAAUGGGGAAGGAUACCAAGGGUACAGGUACAAAGACUACGAAGAGGGUGAUGAAUAUGAAGAGGAAGGGGAAGGGGAAGGGGAAGGGGAAGGGGAAGGGGAAGGGGAAGGGGAAGGGGAAGAGGAAGAGAACAACAGCUAUGAAGGUGGAAACUGGGAAGACGGCAAUGCUGAAAGACCGCUCGAGUGCGUAGAUGGUGGCGAAGGCCCUAAUGGAGGCCAUUCGAUGGAUGGAUCCGGACCCAGGAUUGGUAGCAGUCAGCAAGCAAAUCGAGCUACUGGCAAACGUUCCCGCUCUCAAAGGGAAAAUAAUAACAAUGAUGACGAGGAUCACAACGGACCCCCAGACAAGAGACGCCAGAAACACGACAUGGACAACCAGAGCUCGGAAAAAUACAACUGCCCCUUCUACGAACUAGAUCACACCCGCUACGAAAAAUGUCAGCGUAUUGCUAGGGCAUCCUUCAGUGGUAUAAAGGAGCAUUUAAAGCGGAACCAUUUCCGAGAAGGCGUUCCCGACGAAGAGCUGCGUGAGUUCUGUAGGAACUGGUCUUGUAAACAAGACAACUCGAAGUCCACCUUGGUUCAAAAAAAUAGUAUGAUACAGAAAAGCCACUUAACAGAAUCUAUUUUGGAGACUACACCAACUUCGGGCCAAGGAAUUAGCAUGGCUGGCGAUAUCGACGCUACGGUUGCCCAAUUCGACCCCUAUAUGAAUCAACCGCUAGAUUUUUCAUUCCUACCGCAGCUCACCUCCCCAACAUCGGGACUUAAUUUACAAACGCAAAACCCCCCUAUAGCACUCGAACAUGGCUUCGCAAAAAUGGCUACAGGUAUUUCCCAGGCUCCUGCACAGCUAAAUCUAUUAGGUUCGACACCCACACAUUGGUUAGGGCACCCGCUUUACGCUACAAUGGAUAGUAGCUUCACUCAAAGCACCAUUUUCCCUGAUGAAAUGCUGGCGUUUAAGAUGGACCCGCCUCCAAACACCUCGCCACCAUAUCUUGGAGGGGCGGGAGCACUGUUUAUGACCGGUGGGCCACCAGUAGCAACGCCAACAGGAGCGAGAAUCCCCCCUUCGCCUUCCUUGAAAGUAGCUCGCCAGUCCAAUACGUCCCAGAAGACAUGCAUGCCGACAGACCCUCAUAUUAAACGUUGUCUCGACCACCUAUACCCGAAAACAGCCACCAGUGAGAGGGCCUCCCAAGAAGCUGGAGAGACACCACCAUCACUGCCAACGUCAAUGCCACAUUCUUUCUCUUCACCUCCCACAGUUCCUAUGACUCCUGGUCGUCUCGUAAGCGAGAUUAACCAGACCCUCAAGCAGAGUUCUCAAGAAUCCGAUAAACCAUAUCCUUCAGCUUCGAGGCCUGAUCUCGGUCCAGGCAGCAGUAUUCUGGGACAAAAUAAAGCAUCGACAAUAGGAUCAGGGUCGCCCUCGUUUCUAUCGCUAAAUCGUAAAACAUCCACUACAGCUACCCAUUUAUCAGAUACAGAUCUAACCGCCACUACCGCCCAAUUCUCAAACCCGCCCUCCGGCCCAGGAAAGCCUAAGAAAAGGGAAAUCAAGGUGAAGCUGGAAGAGCCACAGAAAAGUCCCGAGCGCAAGAGGUGGUAUACGCUUCUUGUUAAUAAUAAGGAUGAUGUGAUACAGAACCUCGAUCGCUGGAUGACAGAGACCUUGCGGCCUUUGCAGAUCUACUUUUCAUGGGAUCAAUAUGACUUACAGAAUCCUAAAACCGAACAACGGGUCUGCAAUCUGGAGGAACUGGUAGAAGAAUUAGUUGAAAAUCAGUGGGGUGCCCUCGAAAGAAACAUUUCACGGUUUUAUUUGGUUGAAAAGGAACGCAAGGCGGCACAUGCCUAG